AUGGGGGCGUCGCCGGACGACGCGUCCGCGUCGUCCCCGCGGCCGUCGCUGCUCGUGCUGUACGGGUCCGAGACCGGGAACGCGCAGGACGCCGCGGAGCGGAUCGCGAGGGACGCGAACCGGCGCCACUACCGAUGCGACGUCCUCGCGAUGGACGACUACGAGGUCACCGAGCUCCCGCGCGCGUCGACGGCGCUGUUCGUGACGAGCACGAUGGGCCAGGGCGACCCGCCGGCGAACAUGAAGCGCUUCUGGCGGUUCCUCCUGCGCAAGUCUCUCCCCGCCGCCUCGCUCGCGGGCGUCGACUUCGCGGUGUUCGGCCUGGGGGACUCGCACUAUCAAAAGUACAACGUCGCCGCGAAGAGGCUUCACAAGCGGCUGCUGAGCCUGGGCGCGAAUCCGAUCGCGCCGCUGGGCCUCGGCGACGACCAGCACCCGACCGGACACGAAGCCGCGCUCGAUCCGUGGCUCCGGGACGUGUGGACCUCGUUGCGCGCGAAGUAUCCCCUACGCGACGGCGAGCGCGACCCCGCGGACGGGGAGGAGGCGACGGCGCUCGAGCGGUGCCGGUACUCGGUGGAGGUGGUCGACGACGCUGACGCCGCGGACGGAGUAGAUAAGCGAGGUAAUAAGGGGAAGUGGUGGCGGAAGCACGUCGCCAGCGAGAUGCCGACGACGCCAGAGCUGUGCGCGGCGGCGGCUCGUCGCACGAGGUUCGGCACGUCGUCAUCGACGCGGUGUUUGUACUCCCCCGGGGACUCGGUCGCGGUGCUGCCGACGCCCGGGACGUCGACGGGGGGGCAAAAAGCGUGCGCGGCGGCCGCGGAGGAGCUCCUGCGGCGCGCGGGCGUUCCCUCGGACGCGUGGAUCACGGUGCGACCGAACGUCGACGGGGGCGGCGACGCGCUCGAACCGGCGAUGCCGGCGAUGACGCUCAUCAUGGGGGCGUUAGAUCUCACCUCCGCGUCCCCGCGACGGUACUUCUUCGAAGUCGCCGCGCACUUCGCAUCGGACGCCGCGGAGAAGGAACGCCUGACGUACUUCGCCUCCGCGGAGGGCAGAGACGAUUUGUACCGGUACAACGAGAGAGAACGCCGCAGCGUGAUCGAGUUCUUGGACGACUUCAAGUCCGUCAACCUGCCGUUGCCGUGGGCGUUUCGAGUCGCCCCGAGACUCCGCGCGCGUCUCUUCUCGCUGUCGUCGUCGCCGUCGUCGCACGCGAACGAACUCCACUGCACCGUGUCGCUCGUGAAGUGGAAGACGCACUACGGACGCGCACGGGAAGGCUUGUGCUCCAACUACCUCGCGAGGUUAGCCCCCGGCGCGAGCGUCGCGACGUGGAUCGUCCCCGGGACGCUGCGACUACCCCCGGACGCGUCCACGCCGAUGAUCGUGGUGUGCACCGGCAGCGGCGUCGCGCCGUUCCGUUCCUUCGCGCACGAGCGCGCGGCGAUGCGAGCGCGCGGCGAUAAACUCGCGCCGACGCUGGUGUUCUUCGGGUGCCGACACCGCGAGCACGAUUGCCUGUACGAGCGCGAGUGGGCGGUGUUCGACGAGCCUCGCGGCGUCCUCGCCGGCGACGUCGACGUCCCCGGCGCGGCGCCCCCCGCGGACGCGCCCGCCGACGGACCCCGCUGGUUCGUCCCCGCGUUCUCGCGCGACGCGCCGGACGGGUCGAAAGACUACGUCACGCAUCGAAUUAUCGCGCACGGCGCGCGGGUGUGGGCGAUGAUCGCCGCCGGCGCGAGCGUGUACGUCGCGGGGAGCACCGGGCGGAUGCCGGAGGACGUGUCGGACGCGUUCGAGGCGGUGGCGGUACGACACGGCGGGCUCGACGCCGCCGCCGCGCGCGCGCACUUCGCGAGGAUGGACGCGACGGGGAAAUAUUCCGUGGAGGCGUGGUGA